AUGGAGGAUGAAGAAGGUUGCACGGUAUUAAACCUCCGACGCCAGGAGAAAACCACCACCCGCCUGUCACCAGGGAGGAGCCAAGAAGCUUCUCUCGUGGCUGAAAGGACCUACCAGCUGAUGUCUCUGGCGCAUCUGUUUAAAAUUGAGGCCAUUGAUCCAAACGGGCUGUCACCACAGAAGCUACUGAGACUGUCCCUCUCUAGGGCUGGGCUGGCUCAGGUGUCUCCUGGGCUGCAUGGGACUGGAGACGGGGUCGAGAUCCCAGCUCAACUUGAAGAGCCAGUGCUCCAGGGCAGCCAGCUGAGGAUGGGGAAGGCUCCUGAUUUCAUGCUGCGCUAUAAAGGCAAACCUGACCACUGGGUCGGCCUCCGGAGGGAGCAGGAGCUGGGCCAGCCCUGGAAAUGGGUCAACGGCACCGAAUUCAACAACCUGUUUGUGAUAACAGCAGAUGGUGACUGCGCGUAUCUGAAUGAUGAGAAUUGGCCCAGAAGUAGGGGAGAGAAUCUAACUGUUCUCACGCUCUCACUUUCAGUGCUGACAACCAGAUCCCAUGUGACCAGUUCUCCUUCCCCUGCUGCCUCGUAUCCAGUCUCCUGUCCAGGCCCCUCCUGCCCUGGCAGCUGGAUCGGGUACCGAGGGAAAUGCUAUUAUUUCUCAGAGAUGGAAGGGAAUUGGACCUACAGCCAGAGCCAGUGCUCAGUGCUCAGUGCCUCCCUGGCUGUGAUUGACAGUGAGCAGGACCUGAUUUUCAUGCUGCGCUUUAAAGUCAGAACAGAUCCAUGGAUCGGCCUCCGGAGGGAGCCCGGUCAGGGGUGGAAAUGGCCCAACGGUUUGGAAUUCAACAACUUGUUUGUCAUUCGAGGGGAAUCCGACUGCGCUUUCCUGAGCGAAGACACCGUCAGCUCUUCGAGAUGCUACAUUGAGCGAAACUGGAUCUGCAGCAAAGCCGAUGCCUAUGCAAAGGGAACUGAUACGAGGGGAGGCUCGAGAGUCUAAAAGUUAAAAUUGCAGCUCUGCUUUGAAAUAAGAUUUUGAAAAAUGGCAUUGGAGGGGUGAUAAAUGAAGAGGGGUGGGCCCCCACUUCCUGCAUUCGAAGUGCCAGAGUGGGGAUUCAGCCUUGACUGGAGGUUUCAGGGUUAUUACUUCUCGGCAAAUCUAUCAAACGUGCCCAUGUUCAAGGGAAAAACUGCAAGCCAAAUUUUCCCCACAGUGACCCCGCCUAGGAAACCUCCUCACCCAGUCCUCUUCCCAUGCUGCCUUGGUGACCUCUGGGCAGCCCCAUUGCUUUCAGUGGGGCUUGCACAGCUAUAAGGCCCAGAUCCACAGAGGGUCUUAGGCAUUGCAACACUCAGUGUUUCAAAACCUAGCGUGUAGGGGCCUGGCCACCCAGCAGAAUCCACAGCUCUGAAUUAGGCACUCUCCAAAUAAGGCACUCUUACUCUGGAAUGAGAGCAUCCACCCAUGGGAGUUAAUCCACUUUCAUUCAACACCCCCUCUCUUAUUCUGGAUUAAUUUUUAGGUGUGAACA